GUCUCGUCGAAGGACUAACGUUUGUGCUGCAGACUGCCUGUCUCUUCCCACCACCCUUUAUCUCCAGAAAUAGGCCUUGGACUGCAAGUGCACACGCACCACAAGAGCAGACGUGGUGAUUCUGAGUGUGCGGUGACAUCAGCCCGACCUGACUUGCUGACAUUUGAAAGCAGCAUUGUUUUGAUUGGACUGUAGCCACACUGGGACCAAGGCAAAGACCUGGGAGCGAAGAAAGCUGCUGCUCCCUCCGUCAGUGUUUAUUGUAGCUCAGCUGUGUGGACCUGUGUGCUCUCCAAAGCAAAAAGAAGGACUUAUUGAGGAGCCAGAGUGCCUGUGUAUAUUUAGUGUCCGUACCAAGUAGUCCUGGGUAAUUAUCGCAGCGACGAAGCAAGUCUGCUGCGCUCCUGAGGAGCCUGCUGCUCUCUUCAGGCAUUCCCCCCCCCCUCUGUUCGCUAUUCUCCCACAACUCCAUCUCUGCUCCCGGGUAACCUGUGGGCCUCGCUCAGCCUCAGGGCAGACAGACUGACUCGAGAGCGUUUUUACACACCAGCGAUCAUUAGAGGCUCUGUCGUAAAGAUUAAAAUCCUCCCGCCAGUGAAGAAGCCAUGCUUAUCUGGUCCCCUCAUGGCCAUGCCACUAUGACCAUCACCCUCCUCCAGUCCCAGCUGAUGUUCGUUCUGGCCCUGACUGCGCUUCUCUGCCCCUUGGGCCGAGUGACAGGUCAGGGGGAGAGUGAGACACAGUCCCCUGCCCAGGUGCUCCAGGACCUGCUGGCCCGCCAUGGAGACAACAGCACCAUCACGGUGCCCCAGCUGCGCGCUCUGCUGGUGCUCCUCAGCCGGAAUCAGGGUGAAGGUGAAGGUGACGGUGACGGCAGCAAUGUGGCGGAGACUCCUAUAACCGCACCGCCCAAAUCCAACAGCUCCAAAUGCUUGCCUACGGACACGCUGGCUAUUUACAGCAUCAACGAGCAGUCACGGCUAGAUGGACAGCACUUACAGGAGCUGUGCCCCACCAUGCUGCAGCAAUUGGAUGCUGGCACCUGCAGGGCGCAAAAUAAAGAGGAGCUAAGCAGUGACGCCUCCCCCCGGCCCACAGAUGCUGAAGUGUGGGGUUAUGGGAUCCUGUGUGUGACACUGAUCUCUCUGUGUUCGCUGGUCGGGGCCAGCGUGGUCCCCUUCAUGAAGAAAACCUUUUACAAGCGACUGCUGCUCUACUUCAUAGCCCUGGCCAUUGGCACCCUCUACUCCAACGCCCUGUUUCAGCUCAUCCCAGAGGCCUUUGGUUUUGACCCCAUGGUGGAUUUCUACGUGUCCAAGUCUGCAGUGGUGUUUGGAGGCUUUUACCUCUUCUUCUUUACUGAAAAGGUCCUCAGAGUGCUUCUCAAACAGAAAAACGGGAGCCACGGUCACAGUCAUUACCCCGGUGCAGAUCGUUACUCGACACCCGACGGGGAUGUGGAGGAGGGGGAGAAGGAGAAGCUGCAGCAGAAUGGAGAAGCCAGCAGUCUGGCUCUGGGCAAGGUGGACACAGGGGAGGGCGAGCUCAUGCUCAGUCCUGCACAGACACCUCAGGACUCUCAGAGUCCAGACAGCGGGGGGCGGUCUGGCGGCGGUGGCUGCUAUUGGCUGAAAGGGACGUCCUACUCUGACAUCGGCACGCUUGCCUGGAUGAUCACUUUGAGCGAUGGCCUGCACAACUUUAUCGACGGCUUGGCCAUUGGUGCCUCGUUCACCGCCUCCGUCUUCCAGGGUAUCAGCACCUCCGUGGCCAUCCUGUGUGAGGAGUUCCCCCAUGAGCUGGGAGACUUUGUGAUCCUGCUGAACGCUGGAAUGAGCAUACAGCAAGCUCUCUUCUUUAACUUCCUCUCGGCUUGUUGCUGUUACCUGGGCAUGGGCUUUGGCAUCCUGGCUGGCAACAGCUUCUCCCCCAACUGGAUCUUUGCCCUGGCAGGGGGAAUGUUCCUCUACAUCGCUCUGGCAGACAUGUUUCCAGAGAUGAAUGAGGUGAGUCGUGAGGAAGAGGAUGCGGGCGGCAGCAGCUUCCUCCUCACCUUUGCCAUCCAGAACGCUGGCCUGCUGACAGGCUUCGCCAUCAUGCUCCUCCUCACCACCUUCUCUGGACAGAUACAGCUGGGCUAGCACCGGACUCCUCUGGAGCAACACCAGCUCUGACCAGUACGAAAUGAAACUGAGAUGUCAGCUGGUGUAAAAUGACCCCAAGAGGAGUAAAUUUUUUCCUUUUAUCUUGCUCCCAUUGUCAGUUUUCAGGACCAUGGAGUUUGGGGAGUUUGGCUGCUGUGCGGCAGGUACGCACACUCCUCUGUCAAAAAUAUCUAAGUAGCCGUUCGUGCGCAGUUCCCAGAUGUAGUAGAUCCCAAGCAGAGGGGGAUGACAGCCUUUUUUUUUUCUUCAUUUUUUGUCAACCUUUUCCUGACAGCUGCUCCCUUUAACAGUCUCAAAAUAUCAGAGGAAACAGCGUUCAGCCCACAAAGGCAAGUUAAAGACGUCCAGCUCCCUCGCUGUAUGCGAACUGACGUGCAAUACACCCAGUCACUCAGACUUUUUUUCCAGACUACUGAUCAGCCAUUUUGGCUCCUGCUCUUAUUUUUCUCCCCUCGUCCUUCCCUCAGUGGAUGUCAUUGAGCCUCAACUGCUGAGAUUUAGUAGAUACAGAGUAUUUAUAUCACUAAUCCUCUAUGCCCCCAACACUUCCUCAGGAGGUGGGAAAAGCACAAUCAGGUAACAGCAGCUGUAUUAUUUACAUCCUUGAGUCUUUAUCCUCCCAGACUUUAACAAUCCCCCUCCCCUCCCCUUUUUUCAUUCCAUACCAAAAACAAAUCAGACCUUAACUGGAAUUUAAAGUGUCAAUAUCCAACUGACUUCCAGCUGGACUUUGUUGUUUGUGUGUUGAUGUUAUAUUUUUUAUACAUGAUAAACAGGCAAAAUGAUCAGACUUUUGAAGACCAAAUAUGGGCCGACCAUUGAGAAUGGUGAAGGGCUACACGGUGGCGUUUGGAAGGGCACACUUUUAUUCUCCUCAGUAUCGACUCUUGUCUACAUCCUCGGUAUGCAGUUAGAAAUUCCUAAUGAAGCCUGAGUCGGAUAUCUAAUGACAAAGUGCAGAUUUUGAUAUUAGUGGCUUUAUCCAUAUCCGACGCGUCCACAGCGGCAUCUCUCCACGUAGUUUACCAUCUGUGCCCUUCAUUAAUAUAGCAUUGAAUAGUUUUUUUUAUUCCUUGUAUUCUUGAACUCGAAGUGCAAAUCUGUGGUCUUCACACAUCCCAUAGACUAUUUUUCCCAGAAUGAUCUAUUCUUUUACUGUACAGUUUUAACAGAAUACUGUAAGCUGAAUCAUAUGAACAUGCACACUUCGCCUACUGGUCUGUGACCAUAUCUAUAUUAAUAACAUGUAAUAAUGAUAGAAAAUUAAGUUAUAUACUGUAUCUAGUUUGAGUGUUAUGACGAACACUCUGAAUUACAUUAUAUGGUCAAAAGUAUGUACACACACUGCUCACAAUGCUUAUAUGCCCAUUGCUUUUCAUGGUGGGGUUUGUUCCUCUUAAAUAUUACUAUUUAGUCACAGAGCUAAGCGUAGCAUAUAGCACCUUGGAAGACCCAGAGGAUCAAUUAAUAACAUUUACAGCUGUUCUGAAGGUAUUUCCUGAAUCCUCAAAGACUCUUCAAACCAUCUGGAUUAAAAAAAAAUUCUGUCAGCAAGAUAAAAAAAGAUUGCAACAUACAGCCAGCUUUGGGCUAAACCCCUUAGUUCCAAAGAACAUUCUUUAAAGAGCAAUUAGUGGAUUAAUAUUCAAAACAAUGAAGCAUCAGGUCAACAUUUUAAUAAGCAAAAUUAGUCAAGAAAUAAUCAAUAAUGAAAAUAAUUGUUAGUUGCAGCCCCAACAGCACUAUGUUGGACAAUAGUGAGCUUCCAACUUUAAGGCAACAUUUUACAGUAUUUCCUGUUGCAACUUGCCCCUGUGCACAAAGCCAGGUCCAUAAAGUCUGUCCAGUUAGGUGUAGAAGAACUUGUGGUGUUGGACCUCACUAUUGUUCUUGUGGCAUCUGGACACAUCUGGUGGAAAGCCUGAAACCAAAAUAGUGGAGGUUGUUAUAGUAACAUGUUAUAGUCCGUGGUUUUGAAAUAAGCUUGGGUGCAAUGUUUGGGUGUCCAUAUACUUUUGGCCAUGUAGUGUAAUUAACAGUAAGGGGAACUGCGUGAAAACGGUUUAUGAUCUGUAAUGGUGAUUUUUUUUUUUUUUUUUUUGGGCGUGUCUUCAGGGGGCUAAUUGUUUGUCAUGUUGUAAUAUGAUUGGUUAGUAUGAGGUUUUACUUCAACAAACUAACAGCAUUGUUAAGAAUAACCACCAUAGCACCAUCAUCCUUUGUGCUACUGUGUACACUACAAGUUUGGUUGGGUCUCUGUUGAUCCAUAUUUACUGAUGUUUUACAGUGGUGUUAAGUCCAGCAGUACACAGAUUUCUCUCCGUACAAAAAUUCAAUACAGGAUAAGAGAUCCAUUACCAAAAGCUACACACUUUUCUGUACAUCUUACAUGAGCAUUGAAUAGAGCUGUACUAUUAUUUAGUAGAGAUAGAAACUGGAAGCCAUGAUUGGCCGUCACAUACUGUAAGCCUACUAUAAAAAUAAAGGUUUUCUGUUAUUCCUGAAUGGAGAAGGCAAGCCAUUAAAACGGGUACCAUAAGGUACAGUAUUACUGCUGCUUGAUAUGUAUGAUGAUUAUUUAUUGUUGUUUGAGCCAUAAAAUAUUUAUUUUAUGUUUUAUAACCAAGAUAAAGUAUUCAGUUUAGCUUUACACCACAAGCCAUGAAAGUCGACUAAAGUUCAGUCUUUUUGUUUGUUGUUCAUCUUUGUUUUAGUAUUUUAUGUUGAACAAAUAGGACAGCUACCAGAAUACACAAAAAAAACCUUAUUGCAUUUAACUGUAUGCCAGACCAUACACACACAGAUACAGAAUUUCUCAUCAGUAAUGGUAAUAUAACAUGGUGUUAUGGUCAGACACAGACUAAUGACUUCUGGAGCACACAGACAAUAUGACAGCUUUAUUGGUGCAAAAACACUAAUUUCAACAAGUGUCUCUUUUUCAAUGUCAUACAACCAAACAACAAACAACCAAUGAUCAACUUUAAUGAUUUAUCAAAGUGCGUUCAGAUCUGUAAUGCAUCAUUUUGAAAAAUACUGUACCUAAUGUAAUUUAUGGGAAAUCCUCAUCAGCCUUCUCUCUGUGUCAUGGGAAUCUUCUUUUCUUUUAUAUAAACAUCCUUU